AUGGCGAGAAAUUUAGUAAAGUCUAUGAACAUGGAUAUUUGUGCAGACUGCGGCCAAUCCGAUCCUGGCUGGGUCUCUGUGAACAGAGGAGUGUUGAUAUGUGAUGGUUGCUGUAGUGUUCAUCUGAGUUUAGGCAGGCAUGUUUCACAGAUCAAAUCUUUAAAAAAGGGCUCUUGGUGUCCAUCACAGUUAUCUAUGGUGCAUCAGUUAAUAAACAGUGGAGCAAACAAUAUAUGGGAGUACACACUGGUUGAUCCCACACAAAACAGGACUGCAAGGAAGAAACCAACUGCCAAAGAUCCUAUCCAUCCAACAAAGGCAGACUACAUAAGGGCCAAAUAUCAAUUCCUAACAUUUGUCAACAAGCCAAAAGAAUCUGAAGGCAUAAGCAUAGAUGACAUAAGCAAACAAUUACAUUCAAGUGUAAGAACAAAUAACUUGGAGACCUCACUAAGACUGCUGGCCUCUGGAGCUGAUCCUAAUUUCAUUCAUCCAGAAAAAGGGACGAGCGUGCUUCAUGUGGCUGCCUACUCGAACCAACUGUCACAGGCCGAACUGCUCCUCAUCUAUGGUGCCGACCCAGCCGUUCUUGACAACCAUGGCAAGACACCUCUGGAUUUAGCUAGAUCCAAUGGAUUUCAAGAUCUGGCAGACAGAUUAGUUGAAUGUCAGUAUGAAUUAACCGAUGGUCUGGCAUUUUAUCUGUGCAAGAGAAAACCUGACCAUAAAAUGGGGCAGCAUUUCAUAAAUCUGGAAGUAUCAGAUGGUUUAGAAUCCUCUGAAUUAGCCAAAGGAGCAAAGAAAAAGCUACAAGCUCUGUCCAAUCAUUUGUUUGAAGAACUGGCAAUGGAUGUUUAUGAUGAAGUUGACAGGAGAGAAAAUGUAGAGAUUUGGUUACAGUCUCAGCCACCCUCACCCAACACGGGGGUCAGUGAGAAACAAGUUGUCCCAUUCCUACCCGCCAAUCCGGAAUUUUCCGCCACUAGGAAUCAAGGUCGACAAAAACUUGCCAAGUUCAACAAGCGGGAGUUUGCCACUUUGAUUGUCGACAUUUUGAACGAUGCCAAACGUAGAUACGUUGGUGUCCUUUCUCCUGUUGACGGGAAAAAUGACAAGCAGCUGCUGAACAUGACGUCUACAUCCAACAACACCAGCAACGACAUACAGAACAGCAACAAACAACAGCAGCAACCGUCAUCAACAAAGCAGGGUGGUGGGGGUGGUGAUCCCAUCUACGACCAGGUCUACACAGAAGGGGAUUAUGCCAUCAUUGGGGAGGGUUUAUGUGCACAGAUCGAAAAUAUGUCCAUGUCUAACUCUGCUUUUGAUAAGGCCAACCAGUCAUCCUCAUCAUCGAAGUCCAAUUCAUCAUCAGACGAGGCGGCCAUCUUGAAACGAUCGCUGAUCGAGUCACAACAACAAUGUCAACAACUUGUUCACGAGCUUGAAAACUCUAGAGCCAGAUAUCGACAGUUGGAGGAGGAGGUCGUUGUCUUGAGAACUACUAUUGAAAAACUUCGCCACGAGAAUCAAGUCUACCGUUCUUUCGCCAACUCCGUCGAAUCUCCGACAACAACUUCAUCAGCGAUGGCCAUCGGCGGAUCAAACGUUCACCAACAACAACAGCAACAUCAGCAACAACUACAUCAAUUACAACAACAUCCCAGGUGGACCUGCAUGGAAAGAUCUGAAGUACAAAGGCAGCUUAAUUUUAAGGGAGUUAAUGUAGGCAUAGACUUUCCAAGCCCUCCCCAAGACCUUCUCAUGACCUCCAAAUCUGCUGACUUUGAGGUCAAGGAUAAUAAACCUUCUCAUAACCAGUGGCACAGUGAGGAAACUACAAACAUGAACAGCACGAUGGACUCAACCAUGAACGACUCCUUCUCCCUGCCUAACUCCGGGGGGUCCACCAUGGUUAGUGAGGGCUUGAUGGGUGUUGGGGCUGGCGGCAGGGGCAUGCCCAGCCAGGAGGAGGUGGUCAGGAAGACGGAACGCAUCACGAAAGCACUUCAGGAACUCUUUCAAAUGGCCCAGGACAAUUCGUACAAUGCAUAUUCAGGAUGUUCAGAUCGAAUCCAGGGCGCUGUGACUGAUAUGAUGCAACUCUUUCCAUCUGCCAAGAUGAUGACGUCAGUGAGUCAGUUGGAAGCUCUGAGGAUGCUGGAGGAGGGAUCGGAGAGGAUCAGGGAGUUGUGCUGCAGGGUGCCUCAAGACUCCCCCGCUGACGCCAAGCUGCACACCCAGAAGAUCAUACAAACUGCCUACGACAUUGCUAAGGCAGCUAAGAAAUUAGUCACUGCUUAUGAAUGAUGAUGAUGAUAGAGAUGAAUGAUGAUGGUGAAGAUGAUAGAGAUGAUGACUACGACGAUGAUGAUGUAUUGAUGUUGGUGCUUUCUUUAAUGAUUAUAAAGUUAUUGAUAUCAUCUGUAAAAAUGAGAGUUUCAUUUUAGCACUGAGUUGCUUUCUCUCUCUCUCUCUCUCUCUCUCUCUCUCUCUCUCUCUCUCUUUAUCUCU